AUGAGGAGUUUGAACUUAACCAGUGUCCUACUUUGUGCCUUUGCUGCCAUAAUUGUCUUAUUCCUCAACGUGGUCCUGACAAUUAUUGCCGCUUCCAUUGCAUAUUCAAAAGCUGAGGACCAGGAAUCAACUUCUGCCACACUCCACCACGGCAAAUGUUCCACGUCAAAGAACUGGAUGCGUGGCCUGCAUUUCUUGAUAAAUGUACUCAGCACAAUCAUGUUGGCAGCCAGCAAUUAUUGCAUGCAGUGGCUUGACAUCGGAGUACCUAGUAUGAAGAAUCUUAGUUUUGUUGGCCGGAAGAGACGCAUGCUAUGGAUCUCGUUAUUGGUAUCCUCCUUACCCAUCCAUCUAAUGUUUGUCUCCUACCCUAUCCUUCUUGCACCUGCGGACUUUGACUUCAAAGACCCACCAGAUCAUGACCCUGUUUUUGCAAGUUGCUUUGAACGAAACGUUGCUAUGAAUGUGCAGGACUUUUACUCUCAAAAUUUCUCUGGAGAUUUUGAAGAGCUCGAUAAACAGAAAUGCCUUCACACUCACGCUGUUGAUUUCAUCGCAGGUCAAGGAACUCUGGUUCUCUUCACAAAUGACUUGACAGCACUUAAUGAAUCGUUACGCUGGAUUUCCAUGGGGAAUGCCCGCUACGAUUAUACAAAGGAUCCUUUUAAGUGGAUAUGGGCCUCCGAACGACUUUUCCGAUCUUUUCCCACUGACGAACUGCCGGUCGACCAUUGUUUAAGCCAAAAAGUCGAAGAGAAGUGUCAACUCCUAUUCAGUCUUCCUAUAUGUCUUACCGUCAUCUUUUGCAACGUAAUUAAAGUUGUUUGUAUGUUUGCGACGGCUUAUGAUGAUAGGAAGAGUAUAUUCCUGACUGUUGGUGAUGCCGUAUCCUCCUUUCUCCGCAACCCUGAUGCAACAACUGAAGGGAGGUGCUUAUUGGGCAAAUCAGACGUAACAAAAGGCCGACAAUCAUGGCCCAAUGACUUGUCAGCAGAAAAGCCUACAAAUCUUCUGAACAACAAGAGAUGGAUAAGAUCUGUGAGCGCCUUAAGUUGGACGACCACAAUCACUCUGUAUGGCGAGACUACAUUUUUAUCUCUCUGGAACCUGGGUUUUGGCACUGCCACAUCAUCCACGAUAAUACAAUUCUGCUCUGAUUCUUAUGAUUCUAAAAGUUGUGCUCAAAUUAUACCCAUGGUCCUUGUUGCAAACAGCCCGCAGAUUCUAGUGUCUAUUGCAUAUUUCCUCUACAACAGUAUCUUGACUAACAUGCUUCUUGCAGCUGAAUACAAUGAUUAUGCUGGGCAACGCAAGCCAUUGCGUGUUUCCUGGCCUAAGGGAUUCCAACGCUCAACCUACUAUCUCAGCCUUCCAUACCGAUAUAGCAUCCCACUCUUGGUAACUCAUGCAGUGCUACAUUGGCUCGUGUCCCAGAGCUUAUUCUUUGUGGAGAUUCUCCCAUUUGAUAUUCUUGGGAAUCCUAUAGCGGAAUAUCGGCUAGUCACGUGUGGUUUCUCGCCAAUUGCAAUUAUUUUCGCUAUUGCUCUUGGGUCUGUCAUGGUGUGCAUCAUCCUGGGCUUGGGCCUGAGGCGUUUAAAAAUCAACAUGCCCCUUGCCGGCUUGAUGAUCACCAGUAGGUACAACGGCAUUAAAACUAGAGCCACCCCGGGGCCGCGGCGGGCCCAUCUCGCCUACACCGGUCAAGGCCUGCUCUAUCCAUUUCUGCCAUUGAAACUUCGCCAUCAUCUCUGGUUGACGCAGGAGUAG